UCGCUUUUCACGUUGCUUUUCAGCGCGUGUUUUUUUGUGCAGAAGAUUUUCGCUAAAUAUAGUGAAUUUAACAAAACGGAAAGAUGUCGAAACGACGUAUUGAAGUGGGUGAAACGUACACCAGCAAGGCAAAGAAUUCAACGCCGUGUGUCAUUCGCAGAGAAUUAGAGGCUUCUACAUCGGCAUCAGCAGCGGCGGCUUCUACGGCCGGCACGGUCGCCCAAAUUUUGGGUGGCUUUGUGCCCAGCAAGCAGCCGCCAACCAUCAAUCCCUUCACAAGAAAGCCUUACUCAGCGCGCUAUCAAAACUUGUACAAAAAGCGCAUCACAUUGCCGGUAUUUGAGUAUCAGGCGGACUUUAUGCGUCUGCUCAGUCAGCAUCAGUGUAUUGUCCUGGUGGGCGAGACGGGCUCUGGCAAAACGACACAGAUACCGCAAUGGUGCGUGGAUUUUGCGGUCUCCAAAGGACGCAAGGGCGUCUCCUGCACACAGCCGCGUCGUGUGGCUGCCAUGUCUGUGGCUCAGCGCGUUUCCGAAGAAAUGGACGUUAAUCUAGGCGAGGAAGUCGGCUACUCCAUCCGUUUUGAGGAUUGCUCUUCGCCCCAAACGCUGCUUAAGUAUAUGACAGAUGGUAUGCUGUUGCGUGAAGCUAUGUCAGAUCCCAUGCUGGAUCAAUAUCAGGUUAUAUUGCUUGAUGAGGCGCACGAACGCACGCUGGCUACCGAUAUACUGAUGGGCGUACUAAAAGAGGUUAUUCGCCAGCGUAAUGAUCUCAAAUUAGUGGUCAUGUCAGCCACUCUUGAUGCAGGCAAAUUCCAGCAGUACUUUGACAAUGCGCCGCUAAUGAACGUGCCCGGUCGCACACAUCCCGUAGAGAUUUUCUAUACCCCUGAGCCCGAGAGAGACUAUUUGGAAGCAGCAAUACGCACAGUCAUUCAGAUUCAUAUGUGCGAGGAAAUUGAAGGCGACAUCCUUAUGUUCCUCACAGGCCAGGAAGAAAUCGAGGAGGCAUGCAAGCGCAUAAAGCGCGAGAUUGACAAUCUGGGCUCCGAAAUUGGCGAGCUCAAGUGCAUACCUUUGUACUCGACGCUGCCACCGAAUCUGCAGCAGCGCAUUUUUGAGGCGGCACCGCCACCAAAUGCGAACGGUGCCAUUGGUCGCAAGGUUGUGGUGUCUACAAACAUUGCCGAAACUUCUCUUACUAUUGAUGGUGUUGUAUUUGUCAUUGAUCCUGGCUUCGCAAAGCAAAAGGUCUAUAACCCACGCAUACGUGUCGAGAGUUUGCUCGUCUCGCCGAUAUCAAAGGCUUCGGCACAACAGCGUGCGGGUCGUGCCGGCCGCACACGUCCAGGCAAAUGUUUCCGCCUCUACACGGAAAAGGCGUUUAAAAACGAAAUGCAGGACAACACAUACCCCGAGAUUUUGCGGUCUAAUUUGGGUACUGUGGUGCUGCAGCUCAAGAAACUUGGCAUUGAUGACCUGGUGCACUUUGACUUUAUGGACCCGCCAGCUCCCGAGACGCUCAUGCGUGCCUUAGAGCUGCUUAACUACUUAGCCGCCCUCGACGAUGAUGGCAAUUUGACAGACUUGGGUGCUGUCAUGUCCGAGUUUCCACUGGACCCACAAUUGGCAAAGAUGCUGAUAGCCAGUUGCCAACACAAUUGUUCCAAUGAGAUACUUUCAAUUACGGCUAUGCUGUCGGUGCCACAAUGUUUCGUGCGACCCAAUGAGGCAAAGAAGGUGGCUGACGAGGCCAAGAUGCGCUUCGCUCAUAUCGACGGGGAUCAUCUAACGUUGCUGAAUGUCUACCACGCCUUCAAGCAGAGCAGCGAAGAUCCGAACUGGUGCUACGAGAAUUUCAUCAACUUCCGCUCUCUGAAGAGCGCCGACAAUGUGCGACAGCAGCUGGCGCGUAUUAUGGACCGCUUUAGCCUGAAGCGCACCAGUACAGAGUUCACCUCUAAGGACUACUAUGUCAACAUACGCAAGGCCCUCGUACAGGGCUUCUUUAUGCAGGUAGCGCAUCUGGAGCGGAUUGGACACUAUCUGACCAUCAAGGAUAACCAGAACGUGCAGCUUCAUCCUUCAACAUGUCUGGACCACAAGCCCGACUGGGUCAUCUACAAUGAGUUUGUGUUGACCACUAAGAACUACAUACGCACUGUGACAGAUGUUAAGCCUGAAUGGUUGCUCAGUCUGGCGCCCCAGUACUAUGAUCUGAACAAUUUUCCACAGUGCGAGGCCAAGCGUCAGCUGGAGCUGCUUCAGCAGCGCAUGGAAACCAAGCAGUAUCAGAAGGGUUUCUGAGCAGAAUAUCGACUUUUUAAUAAACUAGUUUAAACAAUAUGAUGAAAUCUAA